GGGCAGGACUGGGCAUGCUCAGUGGCGGGGACAGGUCUGGGAGGCGAGGAAGCCGCAUUUGAAGUGGCUCGGCCUGGGGAUGAGGGGGAGGCGGGCGCCCCGGCCGGGGUCCGCGGAGCUUCCCGGUGCGGCACGCGAGGCCGACAUGCUGCGGGCGGGAGCAGCCAGCCCGGCGCGCGGAGGCCAGGUCGCGGAAGACACGGGGGCGCCGGCGGGAGGAGGGGAGGAGCGCCCGGGCCGCCAGCCCCCGGCCGCGGCGCCGAGGCUGCCGGAUAGCAAGCCGCAGGGAGGAUCGGAGGAUAGGAGGACGCCCGACCGUGACCUCCAGCGAGGCCGCCUGAGCCGGAGCCCGCGCACCGCCCCGCCAGCCCCGGGCAUGGGCGACCGCGGCGCGCAGCACGAGCGCGCGGCCCUGCAGUCCCCGGGGGCCCCCGAGGGCGCCGCGGCCGCCGUGAACGGGCUGCUGCACAACGGCUUCCACCCGCCGCCGCCCGCCUGCAGCCGCGACCCGCCGCCCGCACGCUUCCAGCUCUUGUCCGAGCUGCAGCCGCAGCCGCUGUUGUCCCAGCAUGACUCUCCGGCCAAGAAAUGCCGGCUGCGGAGGAGGAUGGACUCCGGGAGGAAGAACAGGCCGCCAUUCCCGUGGUUUGGUAUGGAUAUUGGCGGAACCCUGGUUAAGUUGGUUUACUUUGAACCAAAGGAUAUCACAGCAGAAGAAGAGCAGGAGGAAGUGGAGAACCUGAAGAGCAUCCGGAAGUAUUUGACUUCUAAUACUGCCUAUGGCAAAACUGGGAUCCGAGACGUCCACCUGGAACUGAAAAACCUGACCAUGUGUGGGCGCAAGGGGAACCUGCACUUCAUCCGCUUUCCGACCUGUGCCAUGCACAUGUUCAUCCAGAUGGGCAGCGAGAAGAACUUCUCCAGCCUCCACACCACCCUCUGUGCCACGGGAGGUGGGGCUUUCAAGUUUGAGGAGGACUUCAGAAUGAUUGCGGACCUGCAGCUGCAUAAACUGGACGAACUGGACUGUUUGAUUCAGGGCCUGCUUUACGUUGACUCGGUUGGCUUCAACGGCAAGCCAGAAUGUUACUAUUUUGAAAACCCCACAAAUCCUGAGUUGUGUCAAAAGAAGCCAUACUGCCUUGAUAACCCAUACCCUAUGUUGCUGGUUAACAUGGGCUCAGGUGUCAGCAUUCUAGCAGUGUACUCCAAGGACAACUACAAACGAGUUACUGGGACCAGUCUUGGAGGCGGGACAUUCCUAGGCCUGUGUUGCUUGCUGACUGGUUGUGAGACCUUUGAAGAAGCUCUGGAGAUGGCAGCUAAAGGCGACAGCACCAAUGUUGAUAAGCUGGUGAAGGACAUUUACGGAGGAGACUAUGAACGAUUUGGCCUUCAAGGAUCUGCUGUAGCAUCAAGCUUUGGCAACAUGAUGAGUAAAGAAAAGAGAGAGUCCAUCAGCAAGGAAGACCUCGCCCGUGCCACACUGGUCACCAUCACCAACAACAUCGGCUCCAUUGCUCGGAUGUGUGCGCUGAAUGAGAAUAUUGACAGAGUUGUAUUUGUUGGGAACUUUCUCAGAAUCAAUAUGGUCUCAAUGAAGUUGCUAGCAUAUGCCAUGGACUUUUGGUCUAAAGGACAGCUGAAAGCACUGUUUUUGGAACAUGAGGGUUAUUUUGGAGCUGUUGGGGCCCUGUUGGAACUGUUCAAAAUGACUGAUGCGCAGUAGAUGAAACAGCCUCCUAUGGGGACAGGGAACUGACAGACACUGCCAGAGAAGGUGACAUCUCCUUGGGACAGAAGCCAAGCCACUGUGGUGGAUGAACCUGCUGUAUUUGUAAAUAACUUAAAAUCCUAGAUCUUUUGCUCUUAGGUUUCCAGCUUAUGAUACAAAAUGGGGAAUAUAAUAAUUUUUUUCUGUAUACUGUAUUUUUUAAAAAAGAAAUUGUGCAGCGUGGCCAAACCUACCAAGUUCAUGCAUUAA